AGGGGCUCCUGUUUCCGCAAUUAAACCACAAGUAUGGGCCCAUUUUGCGUGCAGUAUUGGCCAGUUACUCCAACCAGCCCAGCUCCAGCCAGAAGUUCAAAACAUUCCUGGGGUGUUCGCAGACUUCCUGGAGCAACCUCGUAUUAGUAAAGGUUUUUGCCCGUUGGUUGGCCACCCCCGCACAUUCCAGGAUAACCUGAGUGACCGUUUCGCCCUCGGCAAGACAGCCUCUGCACUUAGAACUGUAUUUAAGGGCGACUUCAAUUAUUGCACGCCUCUCAUAGGUAGUGCUCUACUCCCGACGUGUCAAAAAAAGCAGUUUUCUCAUAGUCAAAUGGCUUGUUUUAUUUACAUAGUACUUACAGGUUAAUAUGAGAGCACGUACCAAGUCAAAUAAUCUGUGAGGUAAAAUAUAUAAUAAAGUAUAUAUUAUGUCAGUAACAAUUAUUCUAUUUAACAAAGUAAAUAAUAACAUUUAAAAUAAUCUUUUAUGGAUGUCCGUGUGUAGGUAGAUAGGUGUAUGUGGCGGGGAAAUUGGUCGAAAAAAUUAUCGUGCCGGAAUAUUUUUUUUUAUUAUCUUAAGUCAUUUAUUUGUCAUUUAAUUGUACUUCACUGUCACUUCUGUAGGCACGUGUGUUGACAGUGAACUCCUCCUAAACGGCUGGACUGGAAUGAAUUUUUUUGUGUUUGUACAAGUGGAUUCGAGGAUGGUUUAGAUUCUCAAUUCAGUCCAUAUAUUAUUCUCCGGCCUGUGUGUAUGUUAGUGAAAUCCUACUAACGGCUGGACCGAUUUUUUAAAUUUAAGACGUGUACACAGGACAACGUCUGUCGGGGCUGCUAGUUAUUUAUAAAAAAAACUAUAUUGAAUAAAUGAAUGAAAACUUUAUUAAUAAUAAACACACAGAAUAAAAGAAUAAGUAAAAAAGACUUACAUAGGAAAAAAUAAUAUUUAAGUAUAAAUAACACAAAAAAAUACAAAUAAUAUAUUAUGUAUAAUAUUAUAGUGACUAUCUAUAUCUAUAUAUAUUUUUAUAUAUUACAUCGAUUCUAGGCGUUAAAAAGUACAUUGAUUGAAAUUUCUUCUACUUUCAGGUUGUGCUGACACACACCAAAAAUAUUACAAAGAACAAACCGUACGAGUUUAUGAAGCCCUGGCUCGGAACUGGCCUUUUGAUUAGUUCAGGAUCGAAAUGGCACAAACGUCGUAAAAUCCUGACACCAGCAUUCCACUUUGACGUCCUGAAGAGCUUCGCGAGGGUUUUCGUGGAAUCAAGCCGGUUGAUGGUGAACGAGCUGAUACAGCAGCUGCAGAAUGAAAAAGAUGUGCUAAAUGUGUUGCCCUUCAUCAGUGAUUUUACACUUAGUACUAUUUGUGAAACUGCAAUGGGAACAAACUUAAAUAGUGUUGAAAUUGACGAAACUAAAUUGGAAUACAAGCAAUCCAUUCUAGACAUCGGAACUCUAAUAAUGAUGCGUUUAACAAGAUUUUGGUUGCACCCCGAUAUAAUAUUUAAUAAUCUACCGAUUGGGAAAAGAUUCAAAAAAUGUCUUGAAGAUAAUAAUUCAUUUACGGACAGAGUUAUAGAAGAGAGAAGGAAGAAAAGGAGAGACACAGAAGUAGAAGUUAAUGGUGGUAGAAGAAGAAUGAUGUUGCUUGAUCUAUUACUUGAUGCUGAAAGUAAAGGUGAAAUCGAUUUAAGCGGGAUAAAGGAAGAAGUGAAUACGUUUAUGUUUGAGGGUCACGACACCACAGCAAUGGCGUUAACGUUUGGCUUGAUGCUGUUAGCUGACCACGAGGAAGUGCAGGAUCGUAUACACGAAGAGUGCAAAAGUAUAUUUGGUGAUUCAAUGCGAACUGCGAAUCUAAGCGAUUUGGCUGAGAUGAAGUAUUUGGAGGCCACAAUAAAAGAAAUACUGAGGCUGUACCCUAGCGUGCCCAUAAUUGGGAGGAUGAUUGAAGAAGAUUUUAUGUUGGAUGACAUUCAAGUGACAAAGGGUAACGAAGUUGUACUUCACAUCUAUGACCUACAUCGUCGCGAGGAUCUCUUCCCUGAGCCCGAGCAGUUCAGACCAGAGCGGUUUCUCAGUGGAGAGAAGAUGAACUUCACCUAUGUACCGUUCAGUGCUGGACCGAGAAACUGUAUAGGUCAACGAUUUGCGAUGCAAGAGAUGAAAUACAUGCUGAGUGAGAUGAUUCGCCACUUCAAAUUAUUCCCCACUGUCAAGAACUUCAAGCCCACUAUGAAAGCCGACCUGGUCCUCCGAACCGAUGAUCCUGUCCGCAUCAAGUUUGCUCUGCGAUGAAGAAACACUGUAGUAACCCUAGAGUUUUAUAUAAUAAAUAAUAAUGUAGGUGUAGUAUUUCAUAA